AUGCUGGCUCUCUCGAUGUUGCCCGUCACCUACAUCUCGACCCUGAUCAAGAGUGUACUGAGCGUGCAAUGGAUAAAGCCGCUUCGUUUGGCCGAUUGGACAUCCUCCAGUUCCUGCACACCAAUCGCACAGAAGGGUGCACCGUUCAAGCCAUGA